CUUCCGUUGACUGUAGCUUUGAAUGGAAAAGAGCCUUGCGCCCCCUCGCCUAUCCCAUCCGCUGCAAUGCGGCUCAAGAGACAUGUCCAGCUCCUUGAGUCGACAUUGAAACAUGUCUCGGCCCGCCCAUUCCUCUCAUCGCAAUGCAAUCGUUGCCACUUCUCCUCAACAUCGGGGGCCAGCUCCCCAGAGCAGAUUGCUGUCCUGGGCGGCGGCAUCUCUGGACUUUCAAGCGCAUACUUCACUGCUUUAGAGUUCCCGAACACUAAGAUAACCAUAUAUGAGAGAAGCGAAGAGCUUGGGGGUUGGAUAAGGUCGAAGCGGGUCAAGGUGCCCGGCGGGGAAGUCGUGUUUGAACAGGGUCCGAGGACGCUGCGUCCUGCGCAGAACAGCUUGGUCACGGCGAUGAUGAUUGAUUAUCUAGACCUCCGUUCCCAGGUCCUAUUCACACAACAAAAUUCCGCUGCAGCACGAAACCGCUACAUUUACUACCCCGACAGACUCCUCCUCCUACCGGCCCCUGGUAGCAAUGAUCCACUGGUCAACUGGCUGAGGCUAGCUAACAGCGGGCUGCUGGAUGGAGUAUGGAAAGUUCUAACAGAGGCGUGGAAACCAGGUCGGCCGGCAAACAUGACUGACGAGUCCCUCGGGUCGUUCCUCAGCCGCAGAAUCGAUAAACGGCCUGUGCAGAACAUCGCCUCUGCCGUCAUGCAUGGCAUAUACGCUGGAGAUAUAUGGCAGUUGAGUGCGAAAACUCUGGCGGGUUGGUUGUGGCACCAAGAGGGCAGGUCAGGGAGUAUAACGAGGGGAUUAUGGAGGAUGAAUGAGGUUGAUCCGCCCGUAAAAGGCUUUCUGGCGUUGCGGCAUCCAUACGAUGUGGACCUAUUUAGAGAGAUGCGCGCGGAAACGGAUGGUAUUCCUACGGACUUCAUACAGCAGCUGGCGUCUUGCAGCACUUUCAGCUUCAAGAAUGGCUUGUGCCAGUUGACUGAUAGCCUGGAGGCGUGGCUCGAGAAGGACUCGAAUGUCACCAUCAAGAAGGGCUGUCGUGUUAAUUCGUUUACAAAAGCAAAAGACGGUUUGCAGCAGGUUGUCGUCGAUGUUGGGGACGACCCAAACCGAACAACCCAUAACUACGACCUCGUCAUUUCCACCCUCCCCACCCCAGACGUGACAGACUACGUCACCGUUAUGACCGUCAACCUCUACUUUCCAACCCCCAACCUCACUCCCGUCCAAGGCUUCGGCUACCUAAUCCCCCAAAGCGUCCCCUUUGAGCAGAACCCUGAGCGCGCUCUGGGCGUAAUAUUCGACUCCGACGCUAUCACCGGCCAAGACACAGCCCCUGGCACAAAACUCACCGUGAUGCUCGGCGGGCAUUGGUGGAGUGGAUGGCAAUCCUUUCCUUCCUCCUCUGAAGGCGUUGAAAUGGCCAAAUCAGUCAUCCGUCGCCACCUCAAAAUCACAGAAGAACCUAUCGCUGUCAAUGCGACGCUAUCCGAAAAUUGUAUCCCACAGUAUACGGUUGGGUAUGAGGAACGAUUGAAAGGUUUUGCGAUCGGAGCGCAGAACGAAUUUGGGGGGAGGUUAAGAGUUGUUAGCAAUCAGUUUAACGGGAUUGGGGUCAAUGAUUGUAUUACAGGUGCUUGGGAUAUGGCGCGGAAUUUGAGGGGGGAGGGGUGGAAAUCGAAGAGUUGUGGGUUGGAUCGUGUGCUGGAUGAGAGGCCUUGGGUUCCGGCGGAGCAUUGGUCGCCCUAUGUAAGGAAGAAGGAAUAGGUGGAUCAUGCCACGUGCUUUGUACGUGUAUUGGGAUGUGUCAGGUUCAUGAGGGUGAAUAGAAUUGUACAAUUAUAC